UGCUUGCCGGAAGCGGAAGUUGAGUGGUUGCGGGAUUCCAGCAAGAGAGUCUCCGUUACCUAAAAGAGCCGACGGGGUCCGGCGUUCUCCUGUGUGGUGGGACUGGAAGUCGCCACCUCCGCGAGGCUGGCCGGCGGGAUCUGGACAGACACAGCCUUUGGCGGAAUUUCAGGAUGACUGACACUUCUGAAGCUGUUCCAAAUUUUGAAGAGAUGUUUGCAAAUAGAUUCACAGAAGAUGAUAAAGAGUACCAGGAAUACUUGAAACGUCCUCCUGAAAUGCCUCCAAUUAUUGAGGAAUGGAAUAGCAGAUCUGGUGGAAACCAAAGAAAUAGAGGCAAUAGGCUGCAAGAUAACAGACAGUUUAGAGGUAGGGAGAGCAGACGGGGAUGGCCAAGUGACAAUCGAUCAAAUCAGUGGCAUGGACGAUCCUGGGGUAACAAUUAUCCCCCACAACACAGACAAGAACCUUACUAUCCACCCCAAUAUGGACAAUAUGGUUACAACCCACGGCCUCCGUAUGGUUACUAUUGAUAGAAAUGUCAGUGAAUUUUAGAAAAACCAUUUACUUUGUUAACAUGACAAAAGUUUGUGUGUCUUUUCUUGGUCAUAGUUUCGAUUCAUUUAGAAAAUGGAUUAUUAUUUUUUUGGAAUUUAAGAUUAAAAAAAUAGAUCUUCCUGGAUAGAUGUUAUUGUUGCUGGGAAUAAAUACUCCCCUAAAAACAUUCUGGGUUAUAUUCCUUGCCUUCUACCUCAGAUUCUUUUUUGUUUCAUUACUUAAUAGUGCUCUGAGUUGAUGUAUUUUCCUUGUUUGACCUCCAGAAAUUCUGUCUUUAACACAUAAAUAAAAACUUCAAAAUAGAAA